AUGCUCGCCAUGUUGACGCAUAUCGUGCUUGUUUCAAACUUUUCUUAUAUUGCUUGGGACAUCUACGAAUGGUUGAUUGAAGUCGAUCUAAGGGCUACUAGUUCACUGACAGCCACUCACACACCCCUUGCCUCGUUUAUUGCCUUCCAGAACUUGACCCAUUUUGCGGUGUCGCGGGUAGCCUGGCGAUACGUCUCGAUAAUCCAAAAAGUCGCUAAAAAGCUACGCUAUUUUGUGAUUUUGAGUCAACCGGGAUCUCUCGUUUAUCCCAGUAUCAUCGAAGGGGUCCGGUCACUGAAUGACCAUCGUCUUGUGGUCGUAAGCAUGGAAGACUUCUCGGAUUGGCCACAAGGAGACUCCCGAGGUGUGACGACAUUCUGGGAAACAGUGGAAACUCUUGUUUCGAAUGGUUUUAUUUCCGACCGGGGUCAUAAAUGGCUCAUGGGACACGAAAAGGCCUGA